CCCUUCCCUAAGUUAUUUAACCGCAGGAUCCUUUAGUUCAUCAUCACAACCAUUCCCGUCUCCGCUCGGCAUUCUACUUAAUUGAACAUGCGCCUGAAUAUCAUCUACUUCGUGUUUAGUUUGGGCUUGGGUCUUUUUUCGAAUGUUUGGGCAAUGCCUCUUUCUAACGAGGUAAAGCCUGAGGCCUUGAGCAGGGCCUUCAUCCACAUAGAUUCAGAGGCUGACAAGGAAAAUGCGAACAAAUUCCUCAAGAGCGGCUUGCAAUAUGUAUUCAAGAAGAAGCCGGAAAUGGGCUUCGCGUAUGAUGCCAGUAUCCAAAUUGAAACUGGAUCUGAACCACAAAGCAAACGGUUCAUCUUUUUCGAGAUUUAUGCCGAUGAGCAAAGGCAAAGAUUCAAAGGCAGUGGGUCUAUCAACCAGAAUCUUUACGCAUUGCGUGUAAUGGACACGGAAGGGCGGGAACUUGUGAAAAUUGGCCCAGACAAGCCCACUUUGAACACAGAGAUGGAAAGAUUGUUGUCACGAGCUUGGACGAGCAACUCAGCAACCUCAGUCUCGAUCCUCGACCUUAGACGGAUGGCAGGUACCGGUGAAAGGAGUUGAUUCGAAGAUUUUUGACCAAGAUGGUAAUUGGAGUACAUACAUACGCUUACAUACGUCGGCCAAUGAAAAAUGCCCAAUCAAUGAAUGAGUGGUUG